GAAAAGUUCACUCGGGGCUCAUUUGAAGUGCGUGUGGUCGUCUGGCCGGCCGUGCGCGCUCCCGCGACCAGCGGCGUGCUCGUACUUCCUUGCAGGUCGGGGCGAGCCGCGUCGUCUCCAUAACGACCAGACCGCGGAAGUGCCCGGAUCAGCUUAGGAUCUCGAGAGUGAGCGAAGCGGGACGUUUUCUUUUUGGGUGCUUUCGUUCGCCUGUUAAAUAGUCCAUCGAAAUGUCGACGCGCGAGGAGGACCGAGUGGAGAAAGAGCAGAAGACGAAAGAGGAGAAGCUCAUCGGGAGUAAGAAGAGGAACAAGAAGAAGAAGAAGGAGGAGGCGGAGGAGGAGGAGAGGGAGAAAGCCGAGGAGGAGUACAAGCCGGAAGUGGAGCGCAGCGAGCGCGUGCUGCUGCGCGGCAUCUUCAAAGUGGGGAAGAGGAGCCACGACGUCCUGCUGACCGUCACCCGCCUGACCUGGAGCCCCAUCCUGCCCGAGAGCCCCGCAGGUGAGGCGUGCACAUCGCCGCCCGGUGUGCUGAUGCUGCGCGACGUUCUGGCGGUGAAGGUGAAGCGGCGGCGGGCGGUGGGACAGCGUUCCGGUGGGCCUGUGCUGGGCGUGGCCUUGUUCUACUGCAAGCGGAGGGGCCGCAGAUUGGAGGAGGACACGCUGCACCUUCACAAUGCGUCCUCGGAACACACGCACGCCUGGUACAACGGCUUGAAGGAGGUCCUUGCAGGUUUAAGCGGUCGUCCGAGGCGCGUCAAGGUGUUCAUUAACCCCUGCAGCCACAAGAAGGAGGCGGUUCACGUGUACCGAGAGCGCGUGGCGCCCCUCUUCAAGAUGGCCGACGUGCGCACGGACAUCACCGUGACGGAGAGGACGGGACACGCCCUGUCGGUGAUAAAGGAGCUGAAGCUGGACGACUUUGAUGGGGUGGUGUGCGUGGGCGGCGACGGUUCGGUGGCAGAAAUUUGCCACGCUCUGGUUCUGCGAGCCCAACUGGACGCCGGCUCUCCCGACGUUCCCGUCCCGGCGUCGCUUCCGCUGGGUGUCAUCCCGGCAGGUUCCACGGACGUGGUUUCCUGUUCCGUGCACGGAGUGAGGGAUGCGGUCACGGCCGCCAUGCACGUCAUCCUGGGUCACGUGCAGCGAGUGGACAUGUGCAGCCUGCGCCCCCCGGGCGGGCCGCCGCGCUUCGGCUUCUGCGCCAUGUUCGGCUUCGGCGGCCGCAGCCUGGCCCUGGCCGAGAAGAAGCGCUGGAUGCCGCCGGCGCGGCGCCGCGACUACGCGCUGCUCAAGACCCUGGCCCGCUUGAGGCCGGAGGACUGUCGGCUGUCUUUUCGCGCCGGCUGCGCAAACGACCGGGAUGAGCAUCGAGACAGAGACUCAGAGGGGACGGAGUCGUGGAGCAGCACGGAGGGCCUCUUCCUGAGCGUCGGCGUGAUGGCCAUCCCUUGCCUGAGUCCUCACGCGCCCCGAGGGCUGGCCCCCGACACCAAACUGGCCGACGGGAGCGCCACGUUGACCGCGGUGGGGGCCACGUCCAGGUCGGAGUUUGUCAAACACCUGAAGAGCUACGGCGCCCCCGGUGGCCAGGUGAGCCCGACUGGUGGGUUGACCCGCUUGUUCUUCCAGCUUCCGCCGUCGGGGCGGCGGAUUAGGCUCCUCCUGCACACUAACCCACUUUCCAAAGAGGCGGAUGACGCGUCUGUAUCUGUGUCAGCCAAUCAUGUGCCGCACCUUCCCCAAAAUGCUUCCGGGCAAUUCGUUUGGAUCGCCACCGAUGUGUUCGUGAACGGUCACGAAAGGAGUUUGGUGCGUGUGUGUGUGUGUGUGCGCGCGUGUCCCCAGUUGGACAUGUCCUUCGUGGAGACGCGCGCCGUGACGGCGGUGAAGCUCCGGGUCCGAGGGUCCAGCGGCCGCCCGGAGGACGGCGACGCCAGCUUCCCGUGGAACGUGGACGGAGAGCUGCUAGAGCUGCCCGACGAAGUGCUCAUCGGGGUCCACGGGCGACUCAUCGCCUUGUACGGCGAGGAGGUGGACGAGGCCGAGUCGCCGGCGUCCUGCGGCUGCAUCUGAGCGACGCGACCCUCCCGACAUCUGCCCCACAUCAGCCGACGGCAACUUGGAAUACAACAAGUUCGAGUUGACAUUGUUUCUUCUUCUCUGAGCGGCACGAGGGGAUCGAGCCUUGUCACAGAAAUGGCGUUGUCCGUUUUCAAUAGAAAAUAGCUUCGCACUUGAUUCAAAACACCACCCGGUCAGCAAAGGCAUCUGGCCCGCUUUCGGCAUGAAGCUGGCACAGCCGGCCUUGAGUCGGCACUGGCUUGACUCUGGCAAACAAGAUGAGGGCCAGUUGUGGAGUGAAGUACUUGGGCCACAAAUCAAUUUACAACUCCGACAACUGGCCAGCCAGUAUUGAGCCGCCCUUAAAUGCGGUUUCAUAUUUAUCUUUUCAACACACGGCCUUGUUUUACAAUUGCACACCGAUGCGGAAUUCCAUUCAUCUCACGCACACACGCGCGAGCGAGGUUCAAUCAGGCCCGCAGGAUCAUUUAAAAAUGAAAAAAAAAAUGCAUAAAAGGCAGAAUGAAUAUUUUGAAUAAGGUGCAAUUCAUUGAGUAUCCGCUAGGGACACAGUUUUGACCAGCGAAGAAGACAACAGCAGCCUCAGUCCGUCACUGAGCCAGACCCAUGACAGCAGACGCUAUCAAUAGCACUCUCACAUGAACACAUUUAAUUGCACUCUCCUUAGUUUGGAAGGUGUAGGCAGGGAUUACAUUUAGAUUUUAUAUGCACGUGUAAAUGGUUUUAAACUUACUUUCUUUAUAAAUAUGGUCUAAUCAUAACGUGCAUGACUAUAUUUUUCAAUACCAAUUACUUGUUAAAGUUUGUACAAUCAAUGGGAUCAGUUGCGAUGCAUUGAUGUGGAUGAUAAAAGUAAAUUGCACAUUUGUUGAAGGAAAUGUACGGUGCUUCAUGAAAUGUUAUGUAAAAGAUAAGUUCAUUCAAUUUCAACAUUUUCCAAAUGUUCUUGUGCUUCUUUACACCGAAACAAAGGAAAGACGUUGUUUUGGUUGUUUAUAGCAAAGUAUGGUGUCAAUUUAAUGGUCCGGCCCACUUGACAUCUACCGAGGCCGUAUGUGGCACCAUGUGAAGUGAGUUUGACACCAGUGAUGUACAGUAAGGCGUUUUUAGAUGAAAAAA